AUGAAUUUGGAUGGGGAGGUUAAGAAGAAUGAGGCAAUUAGAGAAUUGCGUCUUGGGUUAAGGAUGCGCAAUUGGGGGGCUGUGCUGCGCACAAUGAGGGGCCUGCCGCCAUGUGCGGAGCUGUGGCUGGCCAAGAUGAACAAGUGGGCUGACACUGUGCUGCACGCAGCUAUCAUUUAUGGGACACCACCCCGCACCGUCGAUGAGCUGUUCGAAGAAAUGCCCAGACGUGAAGAAGACGUCGUGGAGAUUCUGUCAGCCAGGAAUCAGUGGGGCAACACUCCUCUUCACUGCGCCGCCGAUAGGGGCUCUUCCCCCUUGUGUCGCCGCAUCCUUGAUGCCCUUUCCACCGCACAACACAGAACCCGCGCCCUUCUGGUGCGCAACAACGAGGGAGAGACGCCUUUGUUCUUGGCUGCUGUUCAUGGUCACCCGGCGGCCUUCCUCCUUCUCUAUGACUAUGCAGGACAUGAGCAUGCCACAGCUCCUUGCGUGAAGCCCAAUGGGGAAUCUGUACUUCACGUGACCAUUCAGCGAAAGUACUUCGAAUUAUCAUUGCUAUUAAUGCGUCUACUUCCCGGCAUGAUUUCCAUCAUCGAUGAAAAAGGGCAGGCACCUCUGGACAUCCUGGCCUCUAUUCCUUCGGCAUUUAGGAGUGGCACUCCCCUUAGUUUGUGGGAGAGUCUUCUCUACCACUUCAUCCCGAUUUGUCUCCCGGAUUUUGCUGGACAACCUGAUCAGCUUCCCACCCAUGAAGCUCCCUUCGGAUUCUCCUUUUUAAGAAGUACCACAGAGAAGAAAAGGAGACAUGUAUUUGGUGGGCAGAUCAUGAAACAACUGCUAGACAAUGACGAUUUUUUUGAUGAUUUGAUGGAGAUGGAGUUGCUGGGGAGGGAUGACGAUCAUCCGGCGAACUUACCAACGCUAGGUCCUUCAUAUCAAGGGAAGAAAAGGAGACAUGUACUUGGUGGGCGGAUCAUGGAACAACUGGUAGACAAUGACGCUUUUUUCGAUGAUUUGAUGGAGAUGGAGUUGUUGGGGAGGGAUGACGAUCAUCCGGCGAACUUACGAAGGCUAGGUCCUUCAUAUCAAGCAUCAUUAUUAAGAUGGACACCAUUGUUGAGAGCAACAAAACAUGGUGCGACCGAAAUGGUGUGGGCAAUCUUGGGAAAAAAGCCGUUUGCAAUUGAGGAUGAAACUGACGAGAAGAAGAAUGUCAUGUUGGUGGCGGUAGAAGAGAGACAGUCAACCCUAUUGGAGCAAUUCAAGAAGAACCCAUCCAUCUGGAAUCGGAAGCUUCACCAUGCAUCCGACGUCCAUGGCAAUACUGCCCUGCACUUGGUCGCCAAGCCUUCUCGUCAUAGGCUUAUGGAUACGUAUGUCCUUCACUUGCAAUGGGAAAUCAGCUGGUUUGAGUAUGUGAAGGAAAUGAUGCCGCCGGAGUUCAUUAAACGGAAAAAUAAGGAAGGCAAAACGCCGGUGAUGGUCUUCGAGGAGGAACACCAUGAUCUGGUGCAAAAAACCAACCAAUGGGUGAAUCAAAUACCCGGAAAUUACAUAGUGGCGGCGACGCUUAUGUCCGGCGUUACCUUUGGAACGUGCUACCAGAUCCCGGGAGGCUACGACGAAGGCAACGGCAGGCCGAUUGUAGGCAACCGUUAUGAAUUCCUCAUAUUUGUUAUCACGGCACUGGUUUCCUUUGGCUCCUCCGUCAUUUCCCUCGCCGCCUUUCUCGCCAUUUACGGCUCUCAAAGUGAUCGGCCCGAUCGCUACCGAAGACAUCUGCCGCGGACUCUGUGCUUGGGUUUAUCUUCUCUGUUUCUCUCAGUUUUGACCAUGUUGAUUUCUUUCUGUGCUGCGCAAACCUUUGAACUUGUUGGCCCCAUAAACAAGUUGUCUGUGUAUGUCCCCGUGUACGUUGGCUUGGCUUUGAUCCCUUCCUGCUUUUACGGGGCAACUCAAUUUCCACUCUAUCGGCGUCUUCUCAAAGCUAGUUUUUCUCGUGUGCCACUCUCCAGAGGUAGAGGAGAAGAACAAGAAGAAGAAAGAUAA